AAGAAAUAGAUAUAUAAUAGUCUCAAGUGAGAUUAAGCAGAUCCAUGAUUUCUUACCAGUUAUCAGGAUAUUAAUUAACCUUGCUUUACUACAGCUGUUUUAAUAGCAUGGAAAAUACAGAUGAUAGCUCAUCACAAAAACAUCCAGGACAAUACCUAGAACACUAUGUUCAGUUAUGUCCUGUUACAUAUGUGGUGCUCCUAAAACAGUUGUGUUAAGAGGUAUUUCUGAAAAAUAUGUUUGAAAAGACUCAAGCAACCUGUUAACUUUUUCCAGUAGGAAAUAGUUCUGUUGUCCAAACACUGAAUUUCAAGUGUUCCUGCAUACUGCUCUGGGUUAACUUACUUAACAUUAACUGAACAGUGUUUAUUAGCGAUUGGUAUGUUACGGGGUAAGGCUGCCUUUUGGACAGACAUCAAUGAGCUAGAGGAAUGGACCAGUGUGAACCUCAUGAAGUUCAAGGUGCUGGAGAGUCAGGAAAGAGCACAAUUGUAAAGCAAAUGAAGAUCAUCCAUAAAGAUGGCUUCACAUACCAGGAACGCAUGGAGUUCAGACCUGUCAUUUACAGUAACGCAGUGCAGUCUAUCCUGUCUAUCGUGAAAGCAAUGACUAAGUUAGGGAUCAGUUAUGAAAACCCAGCUAGAAUUGAAGAUGAAAAGAAACUAUGUGCCAUGGCAACAAAUCUGGAGGAUGGUGACAUGACUUCUGAACUGGUAGAACUCAUCAAACAACUGUGGAAUGACGGUGGGAUCCAGGCAUGUUUUGCAAGAGCAUCAGAGUACCAGCUCAAUGACUCGGCAGCCUAUUACCUGAAUGAUUUGGAUAGGUUAGCAAUGCCUGACUACGUACCCAGUGAGCAAGAUGUUUUGCACUCCCGAGUGAAAACAACUGGGAUUAUUGAGACUCAGUUUUCCUUCAAGGAUUUGAACUUCAGGAUGUUUGAUGUGGGUGGACAGCGAUCAGAGAGAAAAAAGUGGAUUCAUUGCUUUGAGGGAGUUACUUGCAUCAUAUUCUGUGCUGCACUCAGUGCCUAUGACAUGGUUCUGGUGGAAGAUAAAGAAGUGAACAGAAUGCAUGAAAGCCUUCAGCUCUUCAACAGCAUCUGCAACCACAAGUGCUUUGCAACCACUUCCAUUGUGCUGUUUCUAAACAAAAAAGACCUCUUUAAAGAGAAAAUAACAAAAGUUCAUCUGAAUAUCUGCUUUCCUGAGUACAAUGGACUAAAUACAUUUGAAGAUGCUGGAAAUUACAUCAAGCAACAAUUCCUAGACUUGAACAUAAGGAAAGAAGACAAGGAGAUAUAUUCUCACUUGACAUGCGCCACAGACACCCAGAAUGUCAAGUUUGUUUUUGAUGCGGUCACAGACAUAAUAAUCAAAGAAAAUCUGAAAGACUGUGGGCUUUUUUAGCCAUUCAUUUCCUGACUUGUAGCCUGGUUUCAUUUCUGUACAUCUUGCUUGCUGAUAGAGAUAAAAAUCAGUAGGGAAGAAACAAUAUCCUUCAGUGUUUUGUUAGCUGUCUAUUGAAGCCUUGGGUAUAGCAUGAGCACUGCAAAACAAUACUGACUUUCUGUGUAUCAUAAGAAGACCAAAAAACAUACCUUCUUCAGAGAGACAGUAGCCACUGACAAAUCCUACUGGAAUCAAAGGGAAAAUCCUAUUUUACUCAAUAUGACAUGAAAGUAAUCAGCACUUCUCAGAAAACUGGGGGUACCUCAGUAUCUUAUAACCCUUCCCUGUAGGGAUGUUAAAAUGAUAAUACAAAACAGAUGAGAUAACUGACAUAUCUAAAGCCUUAAAAAAGCUAUAACACCAAAAAAAAAGCAGUUAUCAGUAGAUAAUUUCCAUUCAUUACUGUUGUGUUUUCAUGUUACAUUGACAAUAAAAAAUGUCAUUCCGUAAAUUUAACAGAAGCAAACACACAGACUUUGCUGUCAUAUGACAAAGAGCAGUGCAAAUCUGAAUGUCUAAUUACACUGUUUUGAUAGGAGAGCUGAGGAACACACAUAUAAAAACUGCACAUACACAAAAUUCAUAAAUACUGCUAACCAAUUUAGAGAAAACAAAAAUAAACAAACAAAUAACAACAACAGUUAAAAAUCCCACAACAGUAGGAUGGAGGCAGAUGGUAGGUAAGUUUUUGUAAUCCCCGAGGGACAAAAAAAUAUUACAGUAACUGUCAGUUUUUGCAUAUGCUACUAUGGUAAGGUGAAAUAUUUUUAACAAUUAAAUACUUGACUUUUUAUGAUUAUUAAUUAUCCUACUGCUGAUCACCUUCUUUAGUACCCUGUGAUUGCAGUAGUCAUCUCCACCAGUGCAGAGCAUAUGUGACCCCCCUGUCCUUGAGGCAAAAGCAUGUUCUUGGGAGUUUUGUGAAGAAAACCAUUCUCUAUACAUAUAAUUUGCUAAUGAAGAACUGCUCCCAUCUAGCUCCACCUGAUUUACUGUGACUACAACAACAGAAAACAUUUAGCUAUGGUAAACAAAAUGGGAGUUCUAAAUAUAUUAAACUGAAUUUUAAAAUUUGGUCUUUCAUAAACACUCACUUUUGAAAUCUGAUAAAUUAAUUUUGCUUUUUUUUUUUUUUCUUAGUUUAGUUUUCAUUAAAUAUAUUUUGAUCUCAUUUUCAUCAUAAUCUUGUUAUACUCUGGUUAAUCUAAUUAUAAAAAACACUCGGACAGGCAACUUGGGCACUGAACAACAGAAUCCUGCAAGCACUCAACUUAAUCAAGGCUAUCAGUCUGUCCAGGUCUCCAAGCACAACUUGAACUUUGUGCUAAAUGCUACAAACAGCACAAAUCUGGAGGUAAAGCCCCACUGUGAAAUCAUGUAAUGACAACAACAUUGGAAAUUGUAGACCAGUGCCUCACUGAAUUUUAAGACUCAAAAACCGUUACUACUACCUCCUUCCGUGAACAGACUCCCAGUGUGACUAGUCUUCCUGUCACUGUCCAUCUGGAAAUCUGCUGUUUAAAAAACAAACACUUUUGAUUCAGUCUUGACAGUAAUGAGAAUAAUUUUGAUGGUGUGAAGUCAUGGAAGUCCCCAGGUGAAUACCAGGGACUGGGAGAUGUAGUCUUAACUGAAUCCCAACUAAACAGCUAAUGGUGGAAAAGUUUACUGCAUUCUGCCAGGAACAUAUUUAGCAGUUGAGCAUAGGCAAAAGCAAUUUAUGUUGCUAUUUAUAAAAUUGUAUGUGAACUAUAUGCAGAUAUGUAAGUAAAGAAAAUGUGAAAAAAAUAGAGUUUAAAUAAGACAAAAGUAACAGAAGGCAUUAUUAGGCCCUGAUUCAUGGAGUAGCACCUUGAAUAACACUUGCCAGACUAAAGGACUGUCUCUGACCACUUGAUUUUGAAAAGUGUGUACACAAAACUUUAGCUAGAGUUGUGCAGAGAGCUGUCCUGAACCAACAAGUUGGCUAAAACACUAUUUGUACUAGCUGGAUUUCUAUUACUGCCUGAUCUGUAAUGCCUCACUUGAUUAAUUCCUGGUUUGUAUUGAAUAUAAUGGAUUUCCAGUGAUAAGUGUCUGUAUUCAUUUCCAGGAAUAAAUCUCAUUUAAAAUGAAUAAUUUGAACUGUGGUGGCAUCAACAUUAAUUUCUGGAUGUCUUUAUGGCUUAGUAAAGUGCAAGAUCUUCAAGAAACAAAUCCAUAAACAAACACAUCUCUGAAACAUUUUUUUUCAAGUAAAUGCCUUAGAAUUCAGAUAGACUUUAUACUGUAGCUUGAAAGUUAAUAUAUGUAAAACUGUAUUAGAUUAGGUAUCCUACAUCACAAUAGGCUGACCACUGGUAGAAAUAAAAUACUUAGACACA